GGGGCGGAGAUAGAGCAGCUGGCUCCGGAGGGCGGGAGCUUGGGAGGAGGAGCCCUGAGAAGCCGGCUGCUUUAGGAGCUGCUGGCCGCCCGUGGCUCAGGUGACCAGAGGCCCUCUAGGAGCGUGCAGACCCCCCAGAGCCUGGCCACCCAGCAGGCGGAGCAGCCAUGAUCCAGAAUGUGGGAAACCACUUGCGAAGGGGCUUUGCCUCUAUGUUCUCUGCUCGCACAUCCCGGAAGUCAGUCUCACACUCAGAGCACGGAGACGCCUCCGCCAUGGCAGAGGAGGAGGAGUACCGGAACGCCACGGAGGUGCAGAUGAGCCAGCUGGUGCUGCCCUGCCACACUAACCACCGUGGGGAACUGAGCAUUGGACAGUUGCUCAAAUGGAUCGACACCACAGCCUGCCUGUCAGCGGAGAGGCAUGCUGGCUGCCCCUGUGUCACGGCGUCCAUGGAUGACAUCUACUUUGACCACACCAUUAGUGUCGGCCAAGUGGUGAAUAUCAAGGCCAAGGUGAACCGGGCCUUCAAUUCCAGCAUGGAGGUGGGCAUCCAGGUGGUCUCUGAGGACCUGUGCUCUGAGAAGCAGUGGAAUGUGUGCAAGGCCCUGGCCACCUUUGUGGCCCACCGGGAGCUCUCCAAGGUGAAGCUGAAACAGGUCAUACCGUUGACAGAGGAGGAGAAGACGGAGCACGGGGUGGCAGCCGAGCGCCGGCGCAUGCGGCUGGUCUAUGCAGACACCAUCAAGGACCUCCUGAGCCACUGUGCCAUCCAGGAUGAUCUAGACAAGGAUUGCAGCAAUAUGGUGCCAGCCGAGAGGACCCGAGUGGAGAGCGUGGAACUGGUGUUGCCUCCUCAUGCCAACCAUCAGGGCAAUACCUUUGGGGGCCAGAUCAUGGCCUGGAUGGAGAACGUGGCCACCAUUGCAGCCAGCCGGCUCUGUCAUGCCCACCCUACACUCAAGGCCAUUGAGAUGUUCCAUUUCCGAGGCCCGUCACAGGUGGGGGACCGUCUGGUGCUCAAGGCCAUCGUAAAUAACGCCUUCAAGCAUAGCAUGGAGGUGGGCGUGUGUGUGGAAGCUUAUCGCCAGGAGGCCGAGACCCAGCGACGGCAUAUCAACAGUGCCUUCAUGACCUUUGUGGUCCUGGACAAAGAUGACCAGCCUCAGAAGCUGCCUUGGAUUCGUCCCCAGCCUGGGGAGGGAGAACGGCGAUACCGAGAGGCCAGUGCCAGGAAGAAGAUCCGCCUGGACAGGCGAUACCUUGUGUCCUGUAAGCAGGCGGAAGUGGCCCUGUCUGUCCCCUGGGAUCCUAGCAACCAGGUGUACCUGAGCUAUUACAACGUGUCCUCUCUGAAGACACUUAUGGCCAAGGACAACUGGGUGCUGUCUGUGGAGAACCGUGAGGUCCGCCUGUACAUCCUGGAGGAGGAGUUCCUGUCCUUUCACUUGGAGAUGGUGGUGCACGUGGACGCUGCCCAAGUCUUUACACUGCUCUCGGACCUGCGCCGGAGGCCAGAGUGGGACAAGCAUUACCGGAGUGUGGAGCUAGUGCAGCAGGUGGAUGAGGAUGACGCCAUCUACCACGUCGUCAGCCCUGCCCUGAGUGGUAAUACCAAGCCCCAAGACUUUGUGAUCCUGGCCUCCAGGCGGAAGCCUUGUGACAAUGGGGACCCCUACGUCAUUGCACUGAGGUCAGUCACACUGCCCACACACCCUGAGACACCGGAGUAUCAACGUGGAGAGACUCUUUGCUCAGGCUUCUGUUUGUGGCGUGAGGGGGACCAGUUGACUAAGGUUUCUUACUACAACCAGGCCACCCCCGGCUUUCUCAACUAUGUGACCACCAAUGUGGCCGGCCUGUCCACGGAGUUCUACAAUACUUUCAAGGCUUGUGAGAGUUUCCUGUUGGACAACCGGAAUGACCUGGCCCCCAGCCUCCAGACCCUCUAGGCACCACCCCACCCUGCCCCAGGUCUUACACAGUGCGUGGAGCAAAGCAGAGGCAUUUAUUCACCCUGACUCCCCAGGGAAGCCUUCCACAUUAGAUGGUCCAGUCCUA